AUGUCAUAUGAUUUAAAUAGGAAAGUAGCUAAAGAUAUUAAAGGAGUUCCUGGUGGUUAUGCUAUUGGGUAUGAUCCUGGCAACGACGAUAUAUACUUCGGCGGACAUGACGGCAUAUACAAGUAUAACUUUUUGACCAAGUCCGCUGAAUUCUUCGCCGAAGAGGGCAAGUCUAUUUGGGGCUUAUUCAUAAGAAAUAAUUUUUACUACAUCGAUUACCCGAUGCAGAAGCUACACGUGUACAUCGAUGACAAAUUCGUCAAAGUCGCUGAAGCUGUUAAUAUUGAAAUUGACAAUUUCUUUGUAACGAAACAGAAGGAUAUUUAUUUCUCAAAUAAAACGGCUCUUUAUAAAGUUGAUAAGAUCACUAGGAGUACCAUCGUUCUGGAUGACGAUAUUGCUGUAAGGCAAAUAGUGGAUGACAGUUACGAUAUGCAGAUCAGACUAUUGUUUCUUCUAAUAACGUCAACGUCAUGUAUCCAAAAAGAGUCAUGUGAUCGAUUAAAGAUCGGAGAAAAUUGGUACGAGAGAGAGAUACUCGUAUCCGAUCUAGGAAGACCAUAUAAUUUGAAUAUACACAAAGCAACAAAUACAUUAUUCUUCAGCUACACGCAACCAGAAACAUAUAGUGAUGUUGAUUUUCAAUUAGCUUAUUAUAAUUUAGAUUCUAAUGAUUAUCAUAAUAUUAUUGGUAUCAGAGGUGGGUGUGCUGUUGCAAUAGAUCAAGCUAGUGAUGUAAUUUAUUUAGGAGGUAGUGAAGGGAUCUACAAAUAUAAUAUGCUGACGAGAUUAGCUGAUGUUUACAAAGAAGACGGUGUUAAUAUUUGGUCACUGUUUUAUAGAAGAAAUUUAUUCUACAUAAGUUAUCCAGAUCAGAGACUGUACAUGGAAUUUGAUGGAACGUUUGUAUCCGUUAAGGAGUUUAAUGACAUUGAAAUCGAUCAUUUUCAUAUAAAUAAUGAUAAUGAUAUUUAUUUUUCUAAUAAAACAGGUUUGUAUAAAACGAAUAACAGUGCUAAGAACAUUGAAGUUGUUAAUGAUUUAAUAUUAGUCAGGCAAAUAGUUGAAGAUGUUGACGAAAAUUUGUAUGUUUGUUCUAAUUUAGGUUUAUAUUUAGUUAGAAAACAUGGAAUAGAGAGAAUUUCAGAUAUUAAAAAUGUCCACGGGCUUACCUUUGAUAGAGAUAAUAAUUACAUACUAUCUGAUGAGAAAAAUAUUAUGAAACUAAUUUACAGUAAGUCUGGUUGUAUGGUUGUUGAUAAUAAUAGACAUUGGAAUGAGGACCAUAUUGUGAGGAAGGUCUUGAGCAUGGACGUGGAUGAAUAUAGAGGUAGGGGACGACCAAAGAAAUUAUGGAUGGAUUGUGUGAAAGACGAUAUGGCUGGAAAGAAUAUUACUUGUGUGAUGACGUCAGACAGCGCAGUAUGGGAGAAGAAGACUUGCUGCGCCGACGCCGCGCUGAGCUAA